AUGAACAGCUUGAUUGAACGGCUGGAUGAGUUGAUUGAGGAUACACAGACCGGAGCGCGGAGUUCUUCAGCAUUGUCCGGCCAUGUUUCUAAUAUAUCAACAGCCAGCUCAGCCAGUAGAGAGGACAUCUGGCAAGCCCUUCGUCGAGAUCUCGAAGGACUCGGCGUCUCUUCCAUCGUGCUGUCAGAGCAGCGUGACUACAUUGUCAAAUGGCUUAUGAAUGCUGUUGCAGCAGGAAGGGUAGAGCUAGACUCACCCGCCUCUGAAUUGGCACCAAUCGUUGACAUGUCGUCACUCAUGGUCGAUGAACCCACGUCUACGGUUGAAGAAGGCGAUUUCAGCUGGUGGCCACGAAGAAAAGUCGUUCGGGAGAGGCCAGUCUCGCAACAUCUUUAUGUUCCCACGAACGGGCCAAAGCACAAAAGCCCUUCCUGGAUCAAACAGAUACAGCACAGCAGGAUGAGCAAGGAAAAAUCCUUACAUGCAGCUAUCAAGAGCAGAGAUGUGUCGAAGAUUGAAGAGUUUCUCGCUUUCCCACUCAGUGUCGCCUCCGCUUGUAAGCUGAAUGAGAGCGCCGUCUCGCUGGCAGUUUCGAACGGAGAUGAAGAAAUUUUGCAGCUGCUGAUGGAACGAGGACGUUGGCAUCCACGAAACUCUGACGAAAAAUAUUGGCUGGAAAGACAUUUGGAGGGCCUGGUUCGCACCACAGCCUCCAAUGGUCCAGUCAGUUUACUCGGCGUUCUUCUGGAAAAUGGCCUCCCAGCGCUUGUUGCGGAUUUCAGAGCAGCCUGCAGCUCUCGAAAUACAGCCACAGCAGAAUUGAUACUGCAAAAAGGAGGACUGGAAAACGACGAGAUAUCCCCUUUCCUAUGCGAGGCCGCUUACAACGAGUAUCCGGAAAUGUUCCAAUUGCUACUUCGCUAUGGCGCAAAUAUUCAUACCAAAAACGAUUUCGACUUAUUUGACUACUUCAAGAACCAGCCACAGCAGGAUUCCCCCUUGGAAGGCUCUUUCCUGAGAAUAAUUAUGACGCCCUUACAUUUCGCAAGCGCAGUUCGCAACACACACAUAAUACAGCUCGCGCUGUCGCACGGCGCCCAUAUAGACGAGAAGGACAACUUUGGCGAAACCCCAUUACACAAAGCGACAGGCGGUAUUGAAAGCUUAGGUACGAUUUUCCACGAUUGUAGAAGGCGCGUUGUGAGGACGGAAUCUAUGCGAGAACCUGGUGCAGCGAUCGAACUCCUUCUCGGCAAAGGCGCCGAUGUCGACGCGAAAACCAUGGGCGGGCAAACGGCUCUUCACCUUGCAGCAAAGUACAACGCGUUAUCUGCGAUCGGAGCACUCUUGGCUGGCAACGCACGCAUUUCGGCCGUCGACCAUCGAGGGAAUUCGCCCCUCCAUCACGCCGCCUCAUUAGAAAGUCUCUACAAGAAGAAAGUGCCUCUCACCCAGAUUGCUUUCGCCGCAUCUGAACUCAAACUCGGCUACGUAGAAGAAUCUCGCGUUUACUUUGGAGGAGAGGGAGUCAUGAGCCAUUUACUGGCCAAAGGAGCUCCAGUCGACCAGAAGAACUCUUGCUCUCGCACGCCGUUGCACCUGGCCGCACGGCAGGGAAACGACGCGCGAUCGGCCAUAUUGCUAAACCACGGCGCAGACGUGAAUGCCACCGAUAAUGGCGGCUGGACGCCGCUGCAUGGUGCCAUUGAAGCCGGCGCGAUUGCGACGGUCCGGCUUUUGCUGUCAAAUGGCGCAGCUACAAACACACGAGCCAUCAUUAAGGUGGGAGAUGGGGAUGGUUCGCAGACUCGGGUUAUGGAUGCGCUUCAGCACGCACGGCACCUGAAAGCAGAGGCAAUCGUGCAGAUACUUAUUGACGCAAACCUCCAAUGA